AUGAGAUUACUUCACAUUUCAUUGCUAUCAAUUAUCUCAGUAUUGACCAAGGCCAACGCUGAAUGUUGUUACACCAACACACAUACUACCACUGAAGUCUGGUAUACUACAGUAUAUGCUCGAGAUGUUAGUGAAGAGACUUCUUCCACACUGGCUGGUGGAAGUGCAACUGUCAGCUCAGAAGUGAGUUCGACAAUUGAAUCUAGCGUUGCCACUUCCGCUACCACCGAAUCUUCAAGUGAGACAUCAGGGUCCACAUCUGGGUCCACAUCUGCCACUGAAUCAUCAACUGGUAGUAGCUCGCUAGCAACCAGUUCAUCGAUAACCAGUUCAGAGUCUUCCACCAUUACACAAACCACAGGACAAGAGUCAACAAGCCCAACCCCAUCGUCCUCAGAGACAGGUUCUUCUACUACUACUCCCUACGAUAUAAGUCCAACGGCAAGUUCCGACUUUGAUGCUUUUAAAUAUCAAAUUCUUGAUGAACACAACAUAAAAAGAGCUCUACAUGGAGUUGACGGAUUAGAGUGGGAUGAAGAAGUAUAUGCUGCCGCCCAAGCAUAUGCUGACGCAUACACUUGUGACGGAACCUUGGUUCACUCUGGAAAUAGUCUGUACGGAGAAAACUUAGCGUAUGGUUACUCAACCAGAGGGACUGUUGAUGCCUGGUACAGUGAAAUUGAAUAUUAUGACUUUAAUAACCCAGGUUAUACCCCAGGUGUUGGACAUUUCACUCAAGUAGUUUGGAAAAGCACCACAAAGCUCGGCUGCGCUUUCAAGUACUGCAAUGACUAUUACGGAGCCUACGUGGUAUGCAACUACUCACCACCAGGAAAUUAUGUCAACGAGGGAUACUUCGAAGCCAAUGUGUUACCACUGGUAGAUUAA